AUGUCAACGAGGCUUCGUUGGAACGCUCUCCUUCUCAUCUUGCUGUUCUCGUCCUGGGCUCAGGUCGGCAUCGGACAGCUGGAAGACAACCGGGAAGUUCAGACUCUCUUCGAAACAGCAUCAUCUUGCUCGACUGAGAGCCCAGAAACGACGGUGGGACGUCUGUUCCAGCUCAGCGAGCUCGCAGCGCGCAGAGGAGACAUCGACUCCUCCCUUCGCCUUCUCGUCCUCAUCGGCCGCCUGUUCGGUCCCUCCAUGGAGUUGCAUGUGCAUCUGGGCGAUCUGUACUGCAAGCAGAGGAAGUACGACAAGGCGCUCAACGAGUUCCGCCAGGCUCUUGUCAAGGUGCUGCGAGCGUGUCCCUCGGAGGCUGGCGGGUGUAGGAGGAACACCGCAUGGUCCAACCAGACUGUCGCCAUCGGCUCAAGGGCUGGGCUCUGCCUCAUGGAGGGGAGGAGGUUCAGACUUGCCGCAGCUCUCUUCGACUUGGCGCAUCAGCAGGAGCCUGAGGCUGAGGGGAUCCUGUGGUACCUCGCCAUGGCGCAAGAGUUCUCGUCCUCCUGGCGCGAGGCUGCGGCAUCGUACAGGAAGUGGCUCCUCCUGCAGCAGGAGGAAGAGCUGGAGGGCUACCAGGUGCGUCGACCCAAGGGAAAGAAGGUGAUCGCCUUCCUGUGCGUGUCCAAGACACCCAACGAGCACGGAGGGACGUGGAGCUCGCGGUCGCUGGAGAGAGGAGGGAUCGGUGGCUCGGAGGAAGCGGUUGUCCUCAUCAGCCGGGAGCUGGUGGAGCGAGGAUACCAUGUGGAGGUGUACGGGUAUCCUGCCAGGGAGGACGUCGGGCCAGACAAGCAUGGAGUCGUCUGGUUGCCUGUCUCCUCCUACUUCACCAACGACCUCCCGCCCCCACAUGUGUUGGUCUCGUGGAGGUGCUAUGCCAUGGCUGCUGAGGGAGGAGCAACGACUCUCAAGUACUUGUGGCUGCACGAUCGCGUCAUGCCCUCACACCUUCCUCCCUCCCUCGUCGACCAGCUGGAUGGCAUCCUCGUUCUGAGUUCCCACCACAAGAGCCAGCUCCCAGCCCACGCCCAGGUGAAAGCGAUUCCAACUAGCAACGGGCUCGUGCCCUCCUUCUGGGAGGAUGGCCCCAACAGCCACAACGAGUUCAUCUUCGCCAGUCAUCCUGAGAGAGGCCUGGAGCUGCUGCUCGAGGCCUGGCCGGAGGACUACGGGCAGUCUGGAGCUCCUCCUGAGGUUGCUCGUCGCCGCCUUCACACUCCUCACCUGAUGCCUCACGACCUGACGCAGGAGCUGAAGCGCAUGCGGCGAAUGCGGAGGAGGGUGGAAGACAUGCUCGCUUCUCUCCCGGGCAUUCGCCGACAUGGCAUGGUCAAUCAGACGGUGCUGGCAACAGCCUAUGCUCGAGCAGGGUUCUGGCUGUACCCCACGAGCAUGGCUGAGACAAGCUGCAUCAGCGCGAUGAAGGCUAUGGCCAACGGAGAGAUUUUGACUUGGGCCCGCCGAGCUACAGCAGGGAGCAGACGGUUCGUUCGCCAUUAUGCAAGGAACAGAUCUGAGCUGAACAAGUGGACGAGAAGUGUGGUGGAGGCUUCCAUGGCGGACAGGAAGGGAUUGCUCCAGGAGCAGAGGAGGAGGAUGAAAGGCUGGGCAAGGCACAUAUACUCGUGGACGUCGAUAGCAGCACAGCUGACCUCGUUCUUCCCUUGUCCGGCUGAAACAGUGGGACGAGCUCUUCACUGCAGGUGA